AUGAAGUUAUUCUACAUAUUCUUGCUUCCUAUAGCAGGCCUCGCCGUCGGCCAGGACAUCAGUCUUCCCUCAUGUGCGGGCACAUGUAUUGUGAGCGCGAUUGCGAAAACUGGCUGCUCCAGCGCCGACCUCGCCUGUUUUUGCUCAGGCGAUGGGCUUGUCAAAUUAAAAGCAGCACUUACACCAUGCUUGAUUAGCAGCUGCAGCGCAAGUGAUCUCGUCAAAGCGGAAGCCUCAUUCAACAGCACAUGUGCUGGAGUUGUUGGCUCUCCUGCCUCUGCAAGUUCCUCUAGUAUCGCUUCCAGUACCACGAUUCAAUCAUCGAGUAGCUCUCAAGCGCCAGCGACGAGCUCGAGUUCCAGUUCCAGUUCAUCCUCGCAAGCCGCCGUCGUUCAGACAACAUCACCCUCUCCGUCUACGUCCGAUGCGACAUCUUCACAAACCUCAAGCCCGAAUACCGAGACAAAUACCCCCUCUCCGACUCCAACACCAGCAUCCGGGGGCUCAGGCUUGUCAACGGGCGCCAUAGCGGGAAUUGUAGUUGGUAUUUUGGCAGUUAUUGGGCUACUAUUGGGAGCAUUUUUGCUCUACAGACGGAGACGGCAGGCCCCAAAAACAGCCCAAGGAGGCUCAAACUUACUGAUGGAGGAAGAAAAGGGAUUUGGGCAGAUUGUACCCGGGCAUAAUGAGCUCGCUGGUGCUUCGACGAUAGUCCCUCCGAUUACAGACGACAAAACUUUCGGUGCGACCAAAGAAGAGAAGGGUAAUCCAGUGGAGAUUGGUCCUGUGGAACGGGGUCCUGGAGAGCUUGAAGGGGAAGUCGCACACGAGAUUGAUUCAAACGGCAGACAAAACCUUGAGCCUGUUGAGGCUGAAGCUGCUAUGCCGGCGGAGAUUGACUCCCACCCCAGAGAGCAAUUGAGUGCGCUAGAAUUACCGGCAAACAUUCCAGCUGUUAUGCCUGAGUCUUCUCGGAUCCCUCACACCGAGACACAAGGAAUUCAAGAGACGGGCGGCCAUUCGAACGAGGCUGCUACAGGUUCAGAGGCCCAGCACGCAUCAGAGCUAGAGGAGCUUCGAAGAAAGGAGGCCGAGUUAGAGAAGGAGAGACAGUACAUUCAACGAAUACAAGAGAUUGAAGCAGAGAAGGCACAUCUACGGAAAAGAAUGGCAGAGCUGAACAAGUAA